AUGUCAAACUCAACAGAAAUAAAGAACGUUCAAGAGCGUAAUUUAUACAUUGCUUAUCAAAGUGUUCUCAUGCUAUUAUUAUCUCCAUCAACAUCGUUUAUAAUCGGUAAACCUUCUCAUAGAGCAACCAAAACACUUAAUUUCAUUGUUGUUAAAGAGCUUCUCGUCUACGAGGAAGAUAACAAAACUUUUUCAAUACAUUUAAAAGAAUUAAUCAAAGAACGUGCAAAACAGAUGAUUAUUGAUUUAAAAGAGAAGGGGCGCAGCGAAUUAGCAGCACAAAGAGUUGUAAAUUAUGAGAAGUCUAGAGAUUCAAUUGAUUUUCUGGAAGACUUGUUGUACUUACAAGGAAUCAAUGUUGCUCACAAAAAAGUGAAUAGAUUUGGAUUGGGGUGCAAUGUAGAAAUUCAAUUACAAGACAAAAGCAUUUGGAGGCGGAGAGUUAUCCAAUUUAUAGGAGAACAAAUAAACACAUAUUUGUACAAACGAAUGGAAAAACAAAAAGAAGUUGAAAUAAAAAGGAAUGAGUUAACAAUAUGGUGGGAGAAUAACAAAAAUAAUCUCAAAUAA